AUGCCUUCUUUAUUUUUCCUUUCUCUGUUUACUCCCUUACGUCCUCAGCUUUUUUUUAUCUCCAUUUUAAAUAUUUUAUCUUUCUGUUUUUCUUCUUUUCUUAAAUGUCCGUCUCUUCAUUUUUUAUUGUAUUUCAUCCUUAAAUAUAUUCCCCUCAUUCCACUUUCUCGUUUUUUGUGUUCUCUUCUCUUUUUUCCCUUCGUUUUCUUUUCUUUUAACUUCAUUUUCACCUUUUCUUCUUCUCUUUAUAAUUUCAUUCGUUUUAUUCCUUAUUUGUUUGUCCUCAUUCUAAAUCCACGCCACUGCUUCCCUCAAACGUUUUUAUUCUUUCCUGUCUUUUAUAUUCCCUUCCUUCUGUUGUCCCAAUUCUUCCUUGCUUUCUAUACAUUUUAUUCUUCUCUGUGUUCUUCAUUCCAUUCCUCCUACCACUUUUCCCAUCCUUCUUUCCUUUUAAUUUUCAUUCAUCCUUUCUUUUCAUUUCUUACUUUUAUCCUUCAUUUCUCUUGUUUCUGGCUCACUCACUUGCAUACAUUUACUUCCUUUGAAUACUUUCCUUCCUUCUUUCCUUCCUUCCUUUCUUAUUUAUUUCUAUAUUCCCAUACCUUGCUAUAUAUUUCAUUCUUCAGUUUGCUUUCCUUCCAUACUCUAUCAAAUCCUUCCUUCCUUCCUUCCUUCCUUCCUUCCUUCCUUCCUUCCUUAUUUACUUUUCUGUCUUCCGUUUCUACAAUUUCCUUCUUUCAUGCCCUACUAUAUAUUUCUUUUCUUUCUUUUCUUUCUUUCUUUCCUUUCUUUCUUUCUUUCUUUUCCUUGUUAAUAUUUCAUUCUUCAGUUUGUCUUCCUUCCUUCCUUCCUUCCUUCCUUCCUUCCUUCCUUCCUUCCUUCCUUCCUUCCUUUUACUUUUCUGUCUUCCGUUCAAUGCUGACAAUUUCCUUCUUUUCAUGCCCCUACCUAUCUUUUUCUUUCUUUCUUUCUUUCUUUCUUUCUUUCUUUCUUUUUCUUUUUCCUUUUUCUAUAUUUCAUUCUUCGGUUUGCCUUCCUUUCUUCAUACUCUUUCAAUCCUUUUACUCUCUGUCCCGUUACGACAAUUUCCUUUUUUCCGUACCUCUCUUUCUUUCUUUUUCUUUCUUUCUUUUUUCUUUAACUUCCCACUUCAAUUCCUUUCCUCUCUUCCCUUUCUUUCCUUUAUUUUCCUCUCUUUUCGUUCCUUCAUUUUACGCAGGUUUCUUCAUACUGCAGGUUUCAUGA